AUGAUCCCUGAUCGAAUCAAGCAAUUGAUGAACAAAGGCGACAAAGUGGCGCUGAAACCGAUGCCUUUGCCGGAUCACAGGAGUUUGACCGAUUCGAGCAGUGUUUCUAGUGAAACGUCACAGGAUGGAGGAAGUGAGGCACUCGCCAUCUACAGCUCACCGGUCAACAAUCCUAAAUACACGUAUUUGAACUUUCGAAAGGGUGAUCGAUUGAGGGUGAUCGCUGAGACAAAUGACAACUGGUGGCACGUCUACAACAUUCGAUCAAAAGAGAUUGGCUUUGUACCGACUUCAUACGUUUCCAAACUAUGUGCAAUCAAAAACGAGCCAUGGUUUCACAAUCAUCUUCAACGUGAGAGCUCGGUCAGCACAUUGCGACGCGACAACAAACUCUCGAAGGGCGCGUUUUUGGUGAGACCGUCGGCGCUUGAAGGUUUUGCCCUGGAUGUGAAAAUCAGCCCGAUCGGCGUGCGCAACUUCAAAAUCGACACCGAUGGUCAGAAUUUCUUCAUCGAACCCGAGCUACAUUUCCCUUCGGUGCAAGAGCUGAUCAAGUACUAUCAACAAAAUAAGUCGCGAGUGAUGAAUACAAGGCUGACGAAUUGGGUGGUGCGCAGGAAUCCGCCCACGCAUCAGCCACACAAAUUCGAUUUCUGGGAGAUCGAUCGUCAAGAGAUCGCGAUCCGAAAAGUCAUUGGAAGGGGGAACUUUGGAACGGUUUCGUUCGGAAUGUACAGUAAAUUGCCGGUGGCCAUCAAAGAACUCACCGAGAAAAGCGGGCUCAGCGAUGGAGCGUUGAAAGAAGAGUUUGACAAAGAAGCCAAAAUUCUCAAAUCGGUCCAUCACGAGAAUAUCGUUCAACUCUAUGGGGUCUCCAGUCUCGAAGCUCCCUUCUAUAUUGUGACUGAGUACAUGAGUGGAGGAUCACUGCUUGAGUACAUGAAAGGAAAGAAAAGCCCGGACGGUCUCCCACCCAGCAUCUCGCCCAGACAAUCGCUUGAUAUUUUGACUCAGGUAGCCUCCGGGAUGAGUUAUCUCGAAUCGGAAACUAUCAUUCAUCGGGAUCUUGCCGCGAGAAACAUCCUUGUUGAGAUCGAAGCCUGCGGAAAGCUCAUCGUGAAGCUAAGCGACUUCGGACUGACUCGUCAGUUAGACGACGAGCUUUACUAUAUCAAUCACAAGUUCCCAAUUCGUUGGAGUCCACCGGAGGUUCUUGAGUCGGGAAAGUUCAAUGAUCGCUCGGAUGUUUGGUCGUUCGGGGUGGUGAUCUUCGAGCUUUACACGAGAGGAGAGACACCAUAUAAAGAAUUGGGAAAUGCCCUCCAACCCGCUCUUUUGUUCAACCAUUUGAAAGCUGGGAAUAAGCUCCGAAAACCGAGUCGAUGUCCACAAAUCAUUCAUGAUAAGGUGACCAGUCCGUGUUUCCAAUUCGCGCACCACGAUCGUCCCGAGUUUCGCGUCUUGUUUAGAACGUUGAAGGAGAUUCCAAUGGCUGAGAUCGAGUCUUGUCGAGAGCAACAACCACCGCGGAAAAAUAGAUUC